GUCAUAGUAUACCAUAUAUGUAUAUGUAGGAGUUGAGAGGAUACAAUAUUGUACAUAGAAGGGCUCGGGGAACGACUCGGACUAGCGGUGCGACGACAAUGGGGGCAUGACUGGUACGAACUAAUUGGGCAGGCGGGGCAGGCGGACCGCGACCGGACCACUGCCUUUCCUGUGUCCGCUACAGCGGUCACAAGGGUGUCCGCUACUGAUGCGUCGGCUAGGCUACUGGCUGGACACAAAAAUGUAGCUGGGACAAUGUGUCCGAGCAACACUGGUAUACGCUCGUCUUCUAGUACCUCUUACGGUGCUGGUUUCAAUAGCGUUGGUGGUGGGGUGUAUGCAGGUCUGAUCGAUAGUGACGGUGCAACUGUAUGGUUCUGGCCGCGAGACUCGAUACCAGGAGAUAUUUCGGCUGGAACCCCGUUGCCUUCCUCUUGGGGAACUCCAAUGGCCAGGUGGAGCUCGAGCACUUGUAAUCCCGAUCAGAUCUUCAGAAAUCAAGCUGCUAUCUUUACUAACACUUUAUGUGGUCAAUGGGCGGGAGGUGUAUGGAAUACCGCCGGCAUUCCCGGUCAAGACCAGAGCUGUGCUCAGAGAACCGGCUUCUCGACUUGCGAAGAGUUUGUGAGGAAGAACGGAGCCUCGUUCACUCAAGCGUACUGGGAAAUUAAGAGCGUCAAGAUUUAUGAACGGAAGUGAAUGUGAUCUAUUUAGACGGUUAUUAUUGGCACCGAUUUGUAUUUUUUUUGAUCGAGCCUCACACGUAGAGCAGAUUGUAUUUUUGGUUUAUGCAGUAAGAUAGACGUGCUCACACG